AGCAGCUAGACGUCAUGGACUUACUAGAGGAUUAAAUACAUACAGGCUGUGACACCUGUAAACCGUAAACAUGCAGCGGCGUAGACGCAUUAAUCCAAAGGAUGAUGCAAGAUUUUAUGUUACUGCUGAAAGUGACAAAGUGGGACUUGACAUCAAGUACAUCAAUGCUGUAAAAGGCCGUGGCAUCUUCACCUCUGUUCCAUUUGAAAAGGGAGACUUUCUAUUGGAAUACAGAGGUGAUCUAAUAAGCAAGCAAGAAUGUGAGAGGAGACAGAGAAUUUACCAUGACCUCCUCAAAGUGUUUAUGUUCGAGUUCCAUUUUAAUGGAAAACUGUGGUGUGUUGAUGCAGCAAUAGAGAAUGGGUCACUUGGCAGGCUUGUAAAUGACGACCAUAUAAACCCUAAUGCCAAGAUGAAGUACCUCACUGUGCAAGGGAAGCCCCAUCUCUGUUUGUUUGCAGUUCGAGACAUAAGUCCAGGAGAGGAGAUCACCUAUAAUUAUGGUGACUCAGACUGGCCGUGGAGAUGCAAGGCCCUUGAUGACGAAAUGGCUCCAAAGAGUUGUGGUGCCACAAAUCCCCCAUUCUCAAUUGAUGAGACUGAAGAGCUGACCACUGAGAGCAAGUGCAUCCAUACAGCUGUCAACCACCCAAAUCAGACCAGUCCAGAGCUCGGCCCACUCACCAAGGUUGGAGAGUGUCAAAAACACCGCCUGGUGUGCGCAACAGUAUCCUCCUUGGACAAGUGUGUUAAUUGUGUGGGACCCGUAUCUUCCUUCAAGUGGCUUGGCUAUCGAUGCACAGAUGAGAUUACGUUAAGUGACGCUGAAGACAGUGGGAGCGAAUCUGAUAACGGCAACACAGAAGUCACAGCAACAGAGUUUGGAACUGUGGAGCCUGUGGAUAUUGACUCUACAACCACAGAGCGAGGCCAUGACAUUGGAGGCUCUGGAUCAGUGUCAUUUGUGUCGUCCACAGUAAAUGAAAGUGUACUUCCCUCUGAAGGGAAUUAUGCUGAUAAAGAACAUGGAUCCAGAAGAGUGGCAAAGAAAGUGUGGUCUAAGGCUGAGGUCGCCGCAGUAAUGCGACACUUCAAAGAUCAUAUAAGCAGGGGAAAACUGGCCACCAAAACUGAAUGCAGUCACUGCAAACUGGUGGAAGACCCUGUGUUGGCACAAAGAACAGUGCAAAAUAUAAGGGACUUUGUUAGAAAUAGAGGAAUAACUGCAAAGAGGCAGUCACAAAACGAAAAGAUUUAAAUACACUGACAGUUGUGGUGGUGUGUUUGUGUUAAUAUGUU